UGCGGUCUGGAUGCUGAGGGCUGGAGAGAAGAUGACGGCUGUUCUGAAGGUGAACAGGAAUGUGCUGGACACUGUGAGAAGAUGUUACCUGUUCCUGUACUACCUGCUCCAGUUCCUGGGGUUCACCUGGACCUUCAGCCGCCUCACCGCUAAUCUCAUUCUGCAGGGACAAAGUGCUUUGUACAGUGCGUUCAGCUCCUGUGAUGCAGUGCUGUAUAGCUGUCAGGUGCUGGCGGUGCUGGAGGUGGUCAAUGCGGCGCUCGGCCUCGUUAGGACUCCUGUUUUUCCUGCCAUGAUCCAGGUGAUGGGGAGGAACGUGAUUCUGUUUGUGGUUUUCGGGAGUCUGUUGGAGAUGCAGGGCAGAAGUGUGGCGUUCUACGUUUUCUACCUGUGGGGCUCCAUGGAGGUUUUCAGGUGUCCUUUUCACAUGUUGGCAGUAGUUGGUAAGGAAUGGAGGAUGCUGUCGUGGCUCUGGCACACAGUGUGGGUGCUGCUGUACCCCCUGACCACUGUGGCAGAAGCUGUAGCUGUGCUCCAGGCUCUGCCUGUGUUUGAUGAGACUGGGCUCUUCAGUGUUCCUCUCCCUGAGACUGUGGGCUUCUACAUCAGUUUCUCCUUCUCUCUCAGACUCUACCUCCUCCUCACGCUCUUCGGUAAGAUGAGAAAAACCUUAAUUCUGGGCAUGCCUAGUUUAAAGUACCCCUAA